AUGUCAGCCCUCGAUUCGCGCCCUGGAGCGGCUUCGGUGCCGCAGGUCGGGCCUGGGGCAGCCGCGGCCCUGCAGAGAGAGCAGAAGGCGGACGCUCAGCCCUGCCUUUGGACUCGGAAGGAAGUCUCGGUCCGUUCACCAGCCCGACUCCCGAGGAGAGGCGCCGGCGAUGGCGGCGCCGACCGCGCGUGGAUCGCGCGCCUUCUGCAGAAGCCCUGGAGCGAAGCCACGUCCAGGGUCGGCCGGAUUUUAAACAUCCCAUGUAAGGUGUGUGGUGACCGCAGUUCCGGCAAGCACUAUGGGGUUUAUGCUUGUGAUGGAUGUUCAGGGUUUUUCAAAAGAAGCAUCAGAAGAAACAGGACGUACGUCUGCAAAUCUGGAAAUCAGGGAGGCUGUCCGGUGGACAAGACACAUAGGAACCAAUGCAGGGCAUGUCGGCUGAAGAAAUGCUUGGAAGUCAACAUGAAUAAAGACGCUGUUCAACAUGAAAGGGGACCAAGGACAUCCACAAUAAGGAAACAAGUCGCUCUGUAUUUCAGAGGACACAAGGAAGACAAUGGAGCCACGCCCCAUUUCCCUUCAGCUGCUCUCCCUGCCCCAGCUUUCUUCACUGCUGUUACACCACUGGAAACUCAUAAUCUCGAACUGGCUGCCGUUUCUACAACAUCAGAGAGGCAGAGCCUGGUGGGAUUGGCUCAGCCAACGCCAAAGUACCCACAUGAAGUGAGCGGUACUCCCAUGUACCUCUAUGAAGUGGCUACUGAAUCUGUGUGCGAGUCUGCGGCAAGGCUUCUGUUCAUGAGCAUCAAGUGGGCAAAGAGUGUUCCAGCCUUUUCCACUCUCUCAUUACAAGAUCAGCUGAUGCUUUUGGAAGAUGCUUGGAGGGAACUGUUUGUUCUAGGAAUAGCACAAUGGGCCAUUCCAGUUGAUGCUAACACUCUACUGGCUGUAUCGGGCAUGAAUGGUGACAACACAGAUUCUCAAAAGCUGAAUAAGAUUAUCUCAGAAAUACAGGCGUUACAGGAGGUUGUGGCUAGAUUUAGACAGCUUCGGUUAGAUGCUACAGAAUUUGCCUGCCUCAAAUGCAUCGUCACUUUUAAAGCUGUACCUACGCAUAGCGGUUCUGAACUCAGAAAUUUUAGAAAUGCUGCUGCCAUUGCAGCUCUUCAAGAUGAAGCUCAGCUCACCCUGAACAGCUACAUUCAUACUAGGUAUCCCACACAACCCUGUCGUUUUGGAAAGCUCUUGUUGCUUUUGCCAGCUUUACGUUCCAUUAGCCCUUCUACGAUAGAAGAAGUCUUUUUCAAAAAAACCAUCGGGAAUGUGCCAAUUACAAGACUGCUUUCAGAUAUGUAUAAAUCCAGUGACAUAUAGACAAACUUGGGGGAAGCAUAAAAGGAAAAAGGAUUGGGAUGGCCAUUCUGGAGGAACUUUUUAAUCAGCAGAGAACAAGCUUUAGCUCACCCAGCGUACAAGGAGCUGAAACUGGAAGCGUUUAACCUAUUGACAAUAUAAACCCAGUAAGGCACAAAUCUGUGAUUUUGGACAAAGCAACUUAAGACUUUGGAAGAAAUACUGUGCUCCACAAAUGGCCGUGGUCUGAACUUGGCAGCCGCUUCUCCUGUAGCAAUUUGGUGGAGCUAAUUCAGUUGUCAUUCAUAGUUAACAAAGGCUGUGCUAGUCUGCUGUUUAGCUGGCAGAUAUGAUGGGAUGAAGAAAGUACAUUAGGGUUUGUUUGUUUGUUUGUUUUCAUACUUUGAAAAAUUGGGUAACCAAACGUUGUUCUGUUGUAAUGUGUCAUGAGGUGGCCUUCAGAAAUGUAUUUUUUUUCUUUUAAUGUUGUUUGCUGAAUUCUUUUUAUAUGAGAGUUGACACUGAAUACCAGGUUAUCCAAACAUUUACUUCAA